UAUCCCGCUUCAUGCAUUGUGCGUCGUGCGUCGUGAGCGUGAGUGUGAGUCGUGGGCCUGAGUGAAGUCUGAGGAGGGCGAGGGCGAGGGAAAAGGGCCAACGAGGAUGCUAAUGGCUAUUCAGAGAAUACGGUACGCUUCCCGCUCUGACAACGGAAGAUCUCAAGGCAAGGCAAGGCAAGGCAAGGCAAGGCAAGGCAAGGCAAGGCAAGGCAAGACAAGGCAAGGCACAAAAGGAGAUACAUGGCUACAUGACCGAACCCUCAAUGGGACGGGAAAAAAAGGGACGAGACUGACACUAGAGACAAAGAUGGGACAAUGAGCUGGAAAGAAGACGGGGGAGACGGUAAUAGAAGUGAGGGGGAAGGCACAAGGCAAAAAGGGAGCUU